ACUUGAGAGGAAUGGAAACGGCGGGACGCUCAAGACAAGUACAGUUCUUCUUUAGUCUACUUGCGGAGCACACAGAUACUGUACGUGUACGUUACUUUAGCGUCUGACCAUGGCUUUAUUACAGAUCACGUAAAUCGUAAUGAAUAAAAUUGAAGAAUAUUAUGAAUAAGUUUCAUUUCUGACUGACAUGUGAUCAUCAACGCUGCACUGAACUGCUUCGUUAUUUAAACCAUGUUCCUGAUCUCCAAGCGACAAUGUUUUGGCUCAUUUUGUGCGUCGUGGUCGUCGAUGUUCUUUUGGCCUCAUUUGAGGUGACUGUCCCUAAUAAACAUCUGCUGGCAAUCCGAGGUCGUCCAGCUGUACUUGGCUGUGAGUUCACACCUGAUCCUGACCUCUCCAACUUGGUUGUUACCUGGCAACGACAGGAGGAUGCACGGGUUGUCCACAGUUUCUAUUAUCAACAGGACCAAUUGGACCGACAGAGUCUAAAAUACCACAAUCGGACCUCAUUGUAUGUUUCAGAGCUUCAUAAAGGAAAUGCCUCUCUAAGAAUUACAGCAGUUAGACCGAAAGAUGCAGGUUGGUACCUGUGCAUAGUGAGCAAUACAAAGGGAACAGGAAGAGCCUUGAUGCAAGUGACCUAUGGAGCUCUUUACUCUGAGCCCAGGUUAAGCAUCCAUGUAAACUCCUCUGCUUUGAAAGUGCAGUUUGAGACCGAAGGUUUUCCCAAACCUGAGGUGAUCUGGCUGGGGGAACAUGACCAGAACCUCAGUUAUCACCUGGAGAUCCACGGCCAGACAGAAGAUGGACUUUAUUUCAUAAAGAGCAUCUGUGAGGCCCAGAAGCCAGUGAUUAAUAUCACAUUUACACUAAAGAACCACCUCCUGAACCAGAACCUGCAGAGACCAGUGGUUUUCAGCUAUGAUGAGGACACCACAGACCAUAUGAUCAUAGUACUUGCUGUCCUCUCAGUGGUUUGCAUUCUUCUGGUUAUUGGCAUCAUUUGGUUAGCAGUGCAGAAGCAGAACAAGCAGAGAUCUUCCCUGUGAUGAACCAUGAGAGUUAAUGAAUGGUGAUGUAGCUGUUCCCAAAUGCAUGCAUGCUUCGACUUGUGCUAAACAUUACUGGCAUUCAUGAAAUGCAAACAGCACAUGUUCAUUAAACUGUUCUUGUGUAAACUGAAAAUAAUUGCAAAAUGCGCUAAUUUUACGCAAGAAUGGAUUUCUAAAUCAUUUACACAGAUGUCAACAGAUGUCAGAGACCAUAAGUGGGAGUCAUAUGGGUGUGUGCAAAAAGUAAUUUCUCAAUCUUUUUGCAGCUUAUUUAUUAACCGUUGUGCAGUUUUAAAACAUUUUUAUAAUUUUUUUAUAAUAUUUUAUAUGGAAUUUAUUUUAAAUAUAACAAUACCACCAUGGAUGUUUAUUCUCACACUUUUAAUUGUCAAUUAAAUAUUUAAUAUUUUAACUACUGCAGAACAUAAUCCUGUACUGUACAAGGUAAAAUUACUUCUUGUACAUACCUUGACAUAAGUAAUACACUGAACAUCUACAUGUUUAAGUUUGUAAUGGAUAUCUUAAUCCGCAAUAGAACUAUGGAGACAAUCAGGUGAAUGAAUGAAUGAAUGAAUGAAUGAUGUAUUUAUA